AUGAACGCUGAAGAAACCCCUAUUGAUCUCAAUAACAUAAGCGGAUAUCAAUUUCACAACUAUUUGCACACAAGAUGCGAUGCGUUUACUGGAAACAUAAACGCAUUGGAUGCAGAGGUUGCACCAAUCUUUCCACAAGAACCGCUGACAGAUCCUGAUGUGCUAAAUAGACAACCAGACGACAUGCAGAAUCCACAGUUCUACCGCCGCGAAUUUGAUGCAUAUGAUGUAGAAGGCACCAGCAUGAUUGAUUUAUCAAAGAGGUAUCAAUCCUCCGCGAUUCUGAAUGAAUACGAUCUGGCGGCCAGACGUCGUGCUAAUGAUGAAAUGCGCACAAACCCUGCAUAUAAAUCUUUAGAAUAUGGGAGCAUAGAAUACUACAAAGUAUACGAUGAUCUUGUUUCUCAGGAGAAGAAGUCUCUCCGUUCUAAAUACGGACCGCCAACAUGCUCCUUUGAUGGGUUGACAAAGCUGCCCCUCAUAUCUAUGUACUCGGAAACACUGUAUGACCCUACAAGUCUCCGCAAGUAUAGGCGUAAUAGCCUGGCGUGCUCACCUGGAUACUUCCGAGAUACAGAGCAAAUGAAAAGAGUUAAGAGGAACGUACGACGCGCAUCGGUUGCAUACGGCAUGAAGGGGUCGACAUUGAGAACCAGGAACGUCAUGCAUUCCCAUCUUGCUCCAAUCUCAGAGGAGCAAAGCGGAGUUAAGCCCGAUGACUUAGACGGGUACUCUCUUGAAUGCAUUGCAGAUGAAAAUGUUGAGGAUGCAAGUGGCGCAGAGGUGCCGCUAAAAACAUCGAAGAGUUAA